AUGCAGUCGGUAUUGCUCUUGACCAUCGUUACACAAUCGUUUAUAGCUACAGCUUCUCCUCUGGUAGAAAGGGCUACACCACUCUCUUUUGCAGAGAAGAGACCACAAAGAGUCUCCUAUGACUGGACAGCACCUUAUGUCAAAGAUUUUAUAAUUCACGGGUCAUGUAAUGCUACACAGACAAAUGUACUCCGCCGUGGUCUAGAAGACGCCGUAACCCUUGCUCAGCAUGCCAAAGAGCAUAUUUUGGUUCACGGAAAGAAAUCACCAAUUUAUCAAAAGUAUUAUGGGGCGCUGCCAACAGGGGCAGUGAUUGGAUGGUUUGACACGAUAGCGACAGCUAACCGGGCCGGUGUUACCUUCCGUUGUGAUGACCCAGAUAAAAAAUGUGCAACCGAGAACCGAUGGGCUGGUCACUGGCGCGGGAAAGAUGCUCCUUCAGAGACGGUCAUCUGUGAUGUUUCCUUCUUUGAACGGCUUCCUCUGGAGGAUUUGUGCUCGCGCGGCUACAGAAUUGCAACCGGUAAAGUAUACUCCUACUGGGGGGCUGAUCUAAUCCAUCGCAUGUUUCAUGUGGACAUUGUUGGUCAGAACGCCAUUACUCAUGCUUCACACGGUUAUCAAGAUACUCUCAAGCUUGCCGCGGGCCAAAAUUACACCCAGACUGCUACAAACACCGACUCUCUCAUUUACUUUGCGGUUGAGGCGUAUGCGUUUGACAUCAGCGUGCCCGGAGAGGGCUGUGCUGGCCAAGCCCCGUCUAUUCCCGAUACGAUAGCCAUUCCUCCAACUGCUCCAAACACGUUGCCAGAUUCAAUCGUUAUUCCUUCCCCAAAAGAGCCCGAAAAGAAAGACGAGCCCGAGAAAAAAGCCGAGCCCGAAAAGAAGGCCGAGCCCGAAGCACCAGGGAAGAAUUGCCAUACCCAUGACGACGGUGAGGUUCAUUGUGUCUAG